AUGUCAAAAGGCAGCCCCACCUACAAUUUGGCCAGGUGGAUCUACUCAAAACUGAAGUUCCUCCAAGGCAAUUCGACUACCUCAGUUCGAUCAGCCUCUCAUUUCCUCAUAGACCUCCGAGGUCGGAGAAUUCAGUCGGACGAAAUCAUGGUCUCCUUCGAUGUGACGUCGUUAUUCACAUCCAUCCCACCAAACGUGGCCCGCGAAGUCUUACGGAAAAGACUUGAAGAGGCGUACGAUGAGACUCAGAAUGCCCUCAAAAUUGAGCACCUCAUGAGGCUGUUUGAAUUCUGCCAACAGACUUUCUUCACUUUUGCGGGAGAGACCUAUGAACAAAUCAAGGGAACCCCAAUGGGCUCACCGGUCUCCGGUUUGGUGGCAGAACUGGUCCUACAGGAGUUAGAAAAGAUUGCCUUCCUCCAACAUGAACCGGUGUUUUGGCGCCGUUACGUAGACGACACGUUCGUCAUCAUAAAGAAGGACAUGCUGCAACAUUUCCACAGCCUGCUCAACGCAGUCUCCCCUGAUAUAAGAUUCACGAGGGAAAAAGAACAAGAACAGCAGUUGCCCUUCCUGGAUGUGCUCGUCAGACGAAACCUUAACGGUGAACUUGAAACGACUGUUUAUAGGAAGGCUACGAACACCACACAGCUUCUCAGUUUUCACAGCAACCAUCCGGUGGCUCACAAACGAAGCUGUGUGAAGACGCUCUUCAAACGGAUCCAAAGUCAUUGCAGCAAACCGGAAGACAGAGCACGUGAGGCCCGUUAUCUCCGCGACCAGUUUGUGCAAAAUGGCUAUCCGAGGGCAUUCAUAAGUCGCUGCCUACGCGGUCGCCAUCAGAGAACUCGAACACCAACGCCACCGACGAUAUGGCAUUCUCUGCCAUACAUCAAGGGUGUUUCAGAAGCGACCGAGCGCAUUGCUGCGGGGCUAGGUGUUGGAAUUGCCCACCGCCCCAAAGCCACCAUGCGCAGUAGGGUCAUGAAAAUCAAAGACCGGUUAAAACCUGAAGAGCAAUCUGGAGUAGUGUAG